GAUUAUCCGAAGUGGAGUAGUUCCUUUCAAUAUUACAGUGCUUGAGAAGAAAAAUCAAAAUCAAAUCGAGAAAAUGGAGGCAGCGAUGGGAUUGAUGCGAAGAAUACACCCAAAGCAGUCGGAGACGGCUCUCUCUGCUCUUCUCAGCCUAUUACCCCAUCACUCCUCCGAUCUACUCUCACAAGUGGAUCAGCCCCUCCAGGUUUUAUUUGAUACUGACUGUGGAAAGGAGUUCAUUUUGUGUGAAUACAAUCGAGAUGCGGACUCUUACAGAUCACCCUGGUCUAAUAAAUACCAGCCACCUUUGGAAGAUGCACCCUAUCCAUCAUCAGAGUUGAGGAAACUUGAAAUUGAAGCCAAUGAUGUCUUUGCCGUUUAUCGUGACCAGUAUUAUGAAGGUGGCAUCUCAUCUGUCUAUAUGUGGGAGGAUGAGAACGAGGGUUUUGUGGCGUGCUUCUUGAUAAAGAAAGAUGGCUUGAAGCCUGGGCAAGGUCGAAGGAGCUCCCUGCAGGAGGGAGCGUGGGAUGCCAUACAUGUUAUUGAGGUUGGGCCUGAAGAGGAAGGCAUGGCACAUUAUUGUUUAACCAGUACUGUUAUGCUGUAUUUGACGACAAAGGACGAGUCAUCAGGCUCAUUCAAUUUAUCAGGAUCAAUCAGGCGACAGAUGAAUAUGGACUUGACCGUUGCAGAGGGUCAUCUCUGUAACAUGGGCAGAAUGAUAGAAGAAAUGGAGGGGAAACUGAGGAAUUCCCUGGACCAGGUCUACUUUGGAAAGACUAGAGAGAUGGUGUGCACUUUGCGUCCUCCUUCUGAAAUUGCGCAAAUGAGACUGCCUGACAGCUGAUUUGGGAUUACGCUUCAUAUAUUGGGUGACGCUUUUUAUUUGUUUCUAAAAUCUUCUUCAACAGAAUGAUUAUUGCCAGCAGUCCGGACUGUAUAUCAUCUCUUCCCCUUUGUUCCCCGUCUUGAGAUAAUUUUGAUGUGUUGUUUUGGCUAAUUGGUUUAUGUUCAUAUCAUCUUUGUAUGUUCAGUAUUAUAAGGUGCCAAUAGUCUUGGAUAAAGAGAAUAUGGCAUGAAGCAGACAUCAUAUGCAGUUUCAUUUUACUUGUUCAAUGUUUACUCUAAUAUCUCUGUU